ACGGCUUGCUGGGAGGGAGUAAGUAAGGGGCGGACCAAGUCCAAUGGGUGCUGGCUCUGGAGGAGGAGGAAGAAGAGAGGGAGGAGAAAAGCGACUAGAAGGUGGAGGUGAACUCCAGGCCAGGCCUCAUUCAUUGCCUCUGCCUGGUGGGCCCGGGGCGUUGUGUUCCAGGAGGCAUGGAGGCGCUGAUUCCAGUUAUUAACAAGCUGCAGGACGUCUUUAACACCGUGGGCGCCGACAUCAUCCAGCUACCCCAGAUCGUCGUAGUUGGAACCCAGAGCAGUGGAAAAAGCUCAGUAUUAGAAAGCCUUGUAGGGAGGGACCUACUCCCAAGAGGUACUGGAGUUGUCACCAGGAGACCCCUUAUCCUGCAGCUGGUCCAUGUUUCACAAGAAGAGAGGAAAACAUCUGGAGAUGAAAAUGACCCUGCAACAUGGAAAAAUCCAAGACACCUUUCUAAAGGUAUUCAAGCUGAAGAGUGGGGUAAAUUUCUGCACACCAAAAAUAAGCUAUACACUGAUUUUGAUGAAAUUCGACAAGAAAUUGAAAAUGAAACAGAGAGGAUUUCAGGAAAUAAUAAGGGGGUGAGUCCUGAACCUAUUCAUCUAAAAAUUUUUUCACCUAAUGUUGUAAACCUGACUCUUGUGGAUUUGCCAGGCAUGACAAAGGUACCUGUGGGUGAUCAACCAAAGGAUAUUGAACUUCAAAUCAGAGAACUCAUCCUUCGUUUCAUUAGUAACCCUAAUUCCAUUAUUCUGGCUGUCACUGCUGCUAAUACAGAUAUGGCAACAUCAGAGGCUCUUAAAAUUUCAAGAGAGGUAGAUCCAGAUGGUCGUAGAACCCUUGCUGUAAUCACUAAACUAGAUCUCAUGGAUGCUGGUACUGAUGCAAUGGAUGUGUUGAUGGGAAGGGUCAUUCCAGUUAAACUUGGCAUAAUUGGAGUGGUGAACAGGAGCCAGCUGGAUAUUAACAAUAAGAAGAGUGUAUCUGAUUCUAUCCGUGAUGAAUAUGCUUUUCUUCAAAAGAAAUAUCCAUCAUUAGCCAAUAGAAAUGGAACAAAAUAUCUUGCUAGGACACUGAAUAGGUUAUUGAUGCACCACAUUAGGGAUUGCUUGCCAGAACUGAAAACAAGAAUAAAUGUUUUAGCUGCUCAAUACCAGUCUCUCCUAAAUAGCUACGGUGAACCUGUGGAUGACAAGAGUGCUACUUUAUUGCAACUUAUUACUAAAUUUGCCACAGAAUAUUGCAACACAAUUGAAGGAACUGCAAAAUAUAUAGAGACUUCUGAGCUGUGUGGUGGUGCUAGAAUAUGUUAUAUUUUUCAUGAAACCUUUGGGAGAACAUUAGAGUCUGUUGACCCUCUGGGUGGCCUUAAUACAAUUGAUAUUUUGACUGCCAUUAGAAAUGCUACCGGGCCACGUCCUGCCUUGUUUGUGCCAGAAGUUUCAUUUGAAUUACUAGUGAAGAGACAAAUUAAACGGUUAGAGGAGCCCAGCCUUCGUUGUGUGGAGCUAGUUCAUGAGGAAAUGCAAAGAAUUAUUCAGCAUUGUAGCAAUUAUAGUACCCAGGAAUUGCUGAGGUUUCCCAAACUUCAUGAUGCUAUAGUUGAAGUAGUUACUUGUCUUCUUCGUAAGAGGUUACCAGUUACAAAUGAAAUGGUUCAUAACUUAGUUGCAAUUGAAUUGGCCUACAUCAACACUAAACAUCCAGACUUUGCUGAUGCCUGUGGGCUUAUGAACAAUAAUAUAGAGGAACAAAGGAGAAAUAGGUUAGCAAGAGAGUUACCUUCAACAAUGCCUCGGGACAAGUCUUCUAAAGUUCCAGGUACUUUGGCACCUGCCUCCCAGGAGCCCUCUACUACUGCUUCUGCUGAGGCUGAUGGCAAGUUAAUUCAGGAGAACAGAAGAGAAACUAAACAUAUGGUACCUGUAGGUGGUAUAGGUGAUGGGGCUCAAGAACCAACAACAGGCAACUGGAGAGGAAUGCUGAAAACUUCAAAAGCUGAAGAACUGUUAGCUGAAGAAAAAUCAAAACCAAUUCCCAUUAUGCCAGCCAGUCCACAAAAAGGCCAUGCUGUGAAUUUAUUGGAUGUGCCUGUGCCAGUUGCACGUAAACUAUCUGCCCGGGAACAGCGAGAUUGUGAGGUUAUUGAAAGACUUAUCAAAUCAUAUUUUCUUAUUGUCAGGAAGAAUAUACAGGACAGUGUGCCAAAGGCAGUAAUGCAUUUUUUAGUCAAUCACGUGAAGGAUACUCUUCAGAGUGAGUUAGUAGGACAGCUAUACAAAUCAUUGUUACUGGAUGAUCUUCUGACUGAAUCUGAGGACAUGGCACAGCGAAGAAAGGAAGCAGCUGAUAUGUUAAAGGCCUUACAGCGAGCCAGUCAGAUAAUUGCUGAAAUUCGAGAAACGCAUCUUUGGUGAAGAAAUGUACCAGGCAUUUAUAUUGGUGAAGAUGAUGAUGACUUGUAAUAGUUAUUACAAACUUCACUGGAGUGUCAUUUAUGAAUUCUUCCUGUGUAUUAACUAUGUAAAUCUGCUGUGAAAAGUUUUGAGAUAAAAAUGUUGUUUUCAGAAGAAACACAUAUUAAAUCCAUAUAUUAAAUAUGAAUAGCUGGUUCUCUGAAAUGUUCCAUGUGUGUAUGUGUGUGUGAGUAUAUGUAUGUAUGUAUGUAUGUAUGUAUGUAUACAUAUAUUCUAGUAGUGCCAAGUUUCUGAAGCCAUUUGCCUAUAAACUGUAUGAUCUUAAAUAGUUUCAAGCAACUACCAUGCCUAGGUAUUUGAGAAGAAAUAGCAACAAGUUAUUUUGUUUGACUAUAAAGCAUGUUCUCUAAUAUAUCAACUGAUCUGGCUUUGAUAGGUAUGCAAGUUGAUAAAAGUUUGCCAUACAGUUAUAGAGUCCACAUUUAUUAAAAAAAAUUGUCUUUCAGCUUCUCAACUUCAUUUUCAAAUGGAUAAUUCACUUCAGAUUAGCUAACAAAAGAAAGCUAAAAGCAAAAAGUUAUGCUAAGGAAUGUGUGCAGAGUUUAUGUGAGUACAGAGCUCUUUCAACCCUGGAACAAAAGUGCUUUAUUGCUUUAAAAAAAUGUGUAAAUAUUAAAUUUUGACUUUUCAAAAAUUUAUACUUUUAUCUUCAAAAAUAAUUUGAAUAUAACCUUCCCUUUCUGUUCUUUAAGGACUGAAAUAAUAGAACUGUUUCUAGAAAUAAUUAUAUUUGAUGACUUGGAAGGUGGAGGAAACAGGGGGUGCAGGAGAAAAGGAUCACCUAUUUUUUCCCAAAUGAGGGGAAGGAAAGAAGAUGGAAAUAAUGGAUAUAUCUUCUUUGCUAAUAACUGCUAAGAGAGGUUCCCAAUGACAGAUUAUAGGAAAAAAUUACCUUAAGUUAUACUUUUGACCUCAUUAGAGGAUAAACACCUAGCCAAAAUUAAGUUUUAGAAUAGAUAUUAAAUUCUUGAAACCCUUUAAAAAAAUAGUGUGAAAUUUGGAAAUGUUUGCAUUGUAUCAGACAAAAGACCUUGGGCAACAUUUUAGUAGUAACCAUUUCAGUUAUGCCUAAUAUUAUGCUAAAUAUAUGACCUUGAUAUCUAGUCCUUCUGUUUUCAGGCAAGUCAUAAAUCCCUUAUCUUUUGUUCCACAUGUCAAGGAAUGUUCAAUUAAAUGUUCAAUUAAAAUUGAAACUUAAUAAUCUCUCAUUACUUCAUUUCUCGUCCUCGGUAGUUUACUACUAGUAAACUGGUAGUACUAGUACCAGCAGUACUAGUGACAGAUUAUAACCUGUUUCUCCUAUUCUGAGUGUUGGGUGAAAAAUGUUACAUUUGGUGGUGAUAAACAUUCAAGUGAAGCACUAAGUGUACAGAUUUCUGACCUUAAUGUUUGUUGUUACUGUAAAUAAAGUCACUGGUGUGAAAGACAGUGCACUUUAAGUCAACAAACGAGUACUUCUGAAAUUUAAGUUCAUUCUCAAGGGGGGAGGGAUUAUAAAAGCUGUUUAUGGUCAAAUCUAAAUUUAUUGCAAGGUUUGUGACCGUGACCUGAAAAAUGAAUUUGAGAAGCAGAAGGAAAAAGAUGUUUUAUAAUGCUACUUUUGCUCAUUAUUUAAGAAUGCAUAUGGCAUAUAUUAAUCAUAAAAUCUUAGAACUAGAAGGAACCAUUGAGAUGAUCUGUUGCAGCUCCCCCCUCAUUUUACAGGUAGACAACAGUUCAGUGACUUGUUCAAAUUCAUUCACACAAAAAAUAUUCACAAAACUUAAGUGGCAAACUUAGGUCUCUUGACUGAUUCCCAAACCCAAGUACUCUUUCCUUACUUAUCUUUAAAAAUUACUGAAAUCAUUAUCUUAAUCCUUGGGUGCUUCUUAAUCAAAACUCCAAUUUAACUUAUUAUGAGCCAGGGAUGUAGCAACAUUAUUAGGUUGGAGUCUUAAGACCUAGGUUCAGAUCCUAUCUUUGCUACUACUUGUGUGAUCUUGGGCAAGUUGACUUAACCUCCAAGAAAUUCUUUGAUUUUAAUCAAAGAUUGUAAUCUGCAUUAGUGGGGGGCUCUCCUCAUACUGGCAAAAUUAGAUCCUUGUUAUAUCUGAAUAAUGAUCCUGAAACAAAAAGAUGGUAAGUCUAAAUUACAGUGUAUUUUCAAAAUUUCUAAAAAUAUAAAACAAAGUAGGCUAGUAUAAUACUUGUCAUCCUAAGACUCAUUAACACCUCUGAUGAUUCUAUGAACUUCAAAUUAACUGAAUUGCAAAAUUCUUUACUUGUUGAGAAGACAGGCUUAAGUAAAAAUGAUGGAGUAGUUGUUUUCUUUUUCAAUAAACUUCUGUAAUCUCUUAAGUC